AGUGCACGGGCCUCACCAUAAAGGAUCUGUUAUUUUCCGGCGGAACUUUCGAGGAAGGUUCCCUGUCCUCCUCGGCCCAAGAAUAUUUUUGGCCCCUCUUGUGGCUGCCUCCAACUCCCAUGGAUCACAUAAAUUCCAUGCCAUUUAGUGGCCUAUAAGGUGGUUACGACUGAGAGGAGACCAGUUGAGGGAUGUCCUCCUCAUGUGUCCUCUCACAGUAGCCCUUGAGUCUUGAGAUGAAGUGUUUAUAGCUCCCUUGAGGUCUUAUGGUGCAUCCAUGGUGAUCAUGGCCGGGAUGCUUCCAGGUGUAGAAUGCGCUCGACGGCGGCGGUUGCGGCAGGGAGGAUCCACGGAUUCGCCGAGCGGUUCGAGGCGGUCGUCUUUUUGUCUAUAUACAACAGGAUACGAAGCACAUAUCGGCAGCACCUUCAUGCAGCAAAGGAGCGCCUUAAUCAAAGAACUCCAGGACGGGGCGCUUGGAGAUGCUGCUCGAGAGGCCAAGGAGAGGUUAGAUGAGAAACUUAGGGCCCAGAGAAGCUUAGCCAUCAAAAGGCACCAUAGCAUGGGAAGCAUGGGACCCGACAAGAGUAGAGGUGGUGAUGAGGGAGCAGCUCCCAUGAUUCUUGGUAAGGCGCAAAGAGAGGUAUUCUCUUCGAAGAAGAGCACGAGGAAGUUUAGUUGGAGCAAGCUGGGGUGGAAGGCAUCGGAGCAAGCAGAGUGUGCCGUCUGCUUGGAGGAGUUCAAGGCUGGUGAUAUUCUAAUUAAUCUGCCAUGCGCUCACCGGUUCCAUUGGGACUGUGCGAUGCCAUGGCUGGAGAGCAGCUCCCACUGCCCAUGCUGUAGAAUGACAGUCUUUCCUUAGGUAAGGAGUGAUGAGAGCAGAAUCUAGUAUGAAAAGCUUGUGAAUGAACUGCAUGAACGAUCCUGCUGUAAGCUACUUGUCACUACUGAAAAUCUGAUCGAGUGUGAAUUCUAAGUUUUAUGGCACCAAUUUGACUCUGGUUUUCAUCUA